AUGAAGUGUCAUGCAGAGGUUUCAAAAUCAAGUCUAGGACUGUGCCUUCAUUCAUGUGAUGCUGCUUCACCUUUUUACCAGUGGCUGCUCAAGGCUAAUGGCAUCGACUUCCAAAAGAAUCAAAUAUGGGGCAUCGACUCUUGCAGAUUCGCCCAGCACUUGGCCACCUCCGGCUUGCUUUCCUUUGGCCAUUUUUCUCCCGUCUCCUGGGUUACCUUCCAAGGCGCCUAUGACUUCGCCUUCCUAGUCAAGAUGCUGACAUGCGACUGCAAAUUACCAAAGACCGUUCGUGAGUUCUUGCACCUUGUUCACUUCUUUUUCGGCAAAAGGGUGUUCGAUGUGAAGCACCUUAGCAAGCAUUGUCCUGGGCUUUACGGAGGAUUGGAGCGGGUGGCCUCUACCGUCCGAGUUGAGCGAGCAGUCGGCUCUCGACAUCAGUCCGGCUCCGAUAGCUUAUUAACAUGGCAGGUGUUCUACCAAAUCGCUUCUCGUGUGAAUCCACAACUCAUCCAUCGUCCAGAACACAUGGGAACACUAUUUGACCUCCAACUGCAAUAG